UAGUGUAGAUAGCAGGCUGUGUGAAGACGACUGAAGCUGCAGAGAGGAGGAUGAGAGAUUAACUUUUUUAAAGUAAACUUAAGUCUUCUCCGCCAAACCAACAUGUACAAAUGUGUCCGAGUAUGGCCUCUCCUCCUGGUUCUCCACACUCUGGCUCCUGCUGUGGUGGCAAGAAGAGAGAGGAGAAAUGUCCUUUUCAUCAUGGCGGAUGAUUUGCGGACAUCAUUAGGCUGCUACGGGGACUCUGUGGUAAAAUCACCAAACAUUGACCAACUGGCAUCCAACAGCCAAGUUUUCCUCAAUGCAUAUGCACAGCAAGCUGUGUGUGCUCCCAGUCGUACGUCCAUGUUAACCAGUCGUAGGCCAGACACGACCCGGCUCUAUGACUUCAACUCCUACUGGAGAGUCCACUCUGGGAACUACACCACCAUGCCACAGCACUUUAAAUCUCAAGGGUACUCCACCAUGUCUGUGGGCAAGGUGUUUCAUCCAGGUAUUGCCUCUAACCACAGUGAUGACUACCCCUACAGCUGGUCCAUCCCUGCCUACCACCCAGCCUCGUUCAAAUACGAGAAAGAAAAGAUGUGUAAAGGAGAGGACGGUAAACUCCACGCCAACUUACUGUGUGCAGUGAAUGUGACGCAGCAGCCUGGGGGAACCCUCCCUGACCUGGAGAGCACCGACGAGGCAGUGAGGUUACUGAAGAGUCGGGCCAACGACGACGUUCCUUUCUUGUUGGCUGUGGGCUUCCACAAACCACACAUACCCUUCAGGAUACCACAGGAGUAUCUGAGUCUAUAUCCCAUAGACCAAAUGACUCUGGCCCCUGACUCCAAUGUCCCUAAACUCCUCCCAGCUGUAGCCUACAACCCCUGGACGGACGUGAGGAGGAGAGACGAUGUCCAGAAGCUCAACAUUACCUUCCCCUAUGGACCAAUACCUAAAGACUUUCAGCUGCGUAUCCGUCAGCACUAUUAUGCUGCCGUGUCUUACAUGGAUGCUCAAGUUGGGCGGCUGCUCAGUGCUCUUGAUGAUCUGGGGCUGGCUGACAGCACUAUGGUGGUGUUCACCUCAGAUCACGGGUGGUCGUUGGGAGAACACGGCGAAUGGGCUAAAUAUUCAAAUUUUGACGUGUCAACACGCGUCCCCCUCAUCUUCUACGUUCCUGGGGUCACCACACGCCCUGAUCGGCUGAGAGAGUCUACCUUUCCCUUUAUUGAUGCCCUCGUCCAGUCAAAGCGCAGCUUUAAGAAUGACAAAGUUAUAAGAAACGUGGUGGAGCUGGUGGAUGUUUUUCCGACUGUCUCCUACCUGGCUGGCCUCAGAGCACCUAAACCUUGUCCUGACGUUUCCUUCCAGGAGGAGUUGUGUACGGAAGGAAACAACCUGGCUCACACCUUCCGACACAGAGAAAGAGAAGAGAACGUGGAAGCCAUAUCUUUCAGCCAGUACCCUCGACCUGCUGACACACCACAGGUGAACUCUGACCUGCCUGACCUUAAAGACAUAAAGGUCAUGGGUUACUCUCUCCGCUCCUGGGACUAUAGAUACACUCUCUGGCUGGGAUUCAACCCUAAAACAUUUCAGGUGAACGUCUUGGACGUCCACGCUGGAGAGUUGUACAUGUUAGCAGACGACCCUGGUCAGGAUGAGAACAUCUAUAGUGACUCUGACCACAGUGUGAUGAUGACAAAGAUGGCCAGCCUGCCUCCUACUGUGAGUGUGCAGAGGAGAAUGAGGCUGCAGCUCCUCUACCUCUCAGCGGGGAGCAAGACGAGUAAAGGGAAGGCGUGAUGACGGGAAUAUAACACAACAGAUGGGCGGACGGAGACAAAGGGAAGAUGGAUGGAUGAAAAACCAGUUUAGAAAGGGAGAAUGCCUUGAAUAUUUCUUUUAAUAUGAAGCAUACUUGAUUUAGUAUUAUGUGGUAUCACUGUUAAUCUUUCAGCCUCAGUUUCUUCCUUGUGUAGAACUCAUUGGCAGGCAGAUCUGGAUUCAACACAUGAGCAUAAGAAAGCACUCGUGGUGUUUUUUGUUUUUUUUUUCUUUGACAAAGAGAAACAUCCAUAUGUGCACAGAAACUUCUGAUUGGUUUGUCUUUCUGCUGCCAAACACAACUUUCAGUGUUUUCAUUGUCGGUCAACUCACACAGUUCCAUAAAGCCACAACUUGUUUUGUUUUUUUACAUUUCUUUUUGUGUACAGACUUAAAGGGAUAGUUCAGAUGUUUUGAAAUGGGGUUGUAUGAGGUACUUCUGCAUAGUCAUUGUAUCACCUACAGUAGAUGACGGUCGCCACGCCCCCAGUUUGGAAAAGCAGACAGGAGUUACCGCACGGAAGCAAAGCAAUGGACUGCUGUGGACGGGGCCAGCUGCAAAAUGUAUUUUAGCCACCAAAAAGAAAGACCCACCUAAAAAACAAGAUCUAUAUCCAUACUAACCGAUCAACGCAGCGGUAGACCAGCAACUCCCGUGUUGGAAUGAACCUAUCCCUUUAACAAUGGAGAUUUAACUUGUUAAUUAUUAAAAUGUAGAGGUUGUGGCUGGUGUUUUGCAUCCAGUCUUUAUGCUAAGCUAAUUGGCAGCUGGCUCAUUUUUAGCACACAAACGAUAGAAAAUCAAAAAGCAUAUUUUCAAAAGUGUUGAACUAUCCCUUUAACACACCUAACACUGAAGUCUGAGCAGCUGAAACCAGGCAACCUUUUUUUCCAGUCAACUUAACCUGGAAGCAUGAACUUGUGACGGACACGUCUGAUUGGCUACGACAGCACUGCCUCCUCCGUGAAAACGAUUACAUCACAUUUUACAAGCUGUUUAAGUCUUUUUCAUCUGAAGGAAUAUUGAGGAAACCUGAAGAAUUAGCUCUUUUGAUUAAUAGCGUAACCAGUUUUUCUCUUUUUUUGGAGAAAGCAGCUCCUCAGUCAGUGUUCUAUUGAUCAUCCAGCCUGCCUCGGGUGUCGUCUCUUCACUUUGAAGCACAACAGCUUAAAGGGACUCGCACGGUUUUUGUACUGUAGUGUUAAACAAUAUGACAUUUCUAUUUGCACUUGAUGUCACUCGCAGCUAUUUGCCUCCCUGCUUGUAAACAGUCGGUUCAGAUCAAUUUGCGGACCCAAAAUGAAGUGAGUAAAAGCACCCCAUAAUAAUUCAAUGCAAAUGAAACGGACUGGAGCUGCGUUUUACUGCUGUUCCAAUGCAUGAGCAUUUUGCGCCGUAGCAAUUUUAGAAGAAAGCAAUUUCAGGUCCAACAAUGAAUCGAGGGGAUUCAGUCUGUCAACUUUUAUUGUAGGCGGCACUGGCUUCAUGUUAAUGGGAUGCAGAUGAAUCAUGUAAUCAGAGUGGAUCACAUGUCAGGCCAAUUCUUUUUGAAUUAGCUCAUUUUUAAAAAUGUCUUCCCCUGUUGACCUCAUUGCAUUUGUGACAGUUUACACCAUUUUUUUCAGUGGUUUGCUGGUGUCCCUGCAUAUCUCUAACAGUGGAUAUAAACCAUUAAUAUAAAACAGUGAUUCUCAAAGUUGGGUCCGGGGACCCCCAGGGGUCCGUGGCACUCUGCCAGGGGGUCCGCAAAAUAAUCAGCUAAAAUUGUGGUGUAUCAUUAAAAAGUACUUAUCUACAGAUGGAUCAGUCACUUCACUCAGGGCGCAACAAACCGUUCCAGUUGUUUAUUUUAUUAGCCAGCUAGCUAGCUGGUGAGCAUAGAGAAAUAUUUGAGUCAGUCCACCUCGUCAAAUGACGCUAAGCCCAAACUAGCUAAAUUGAGAAACUAUGACGACAGUUUUAUCGAGUUUGGUUUUAUUGAGAACAACGACCAAAAUGCGUCAUGCGUCUUCAGGUGCUAGCAAACAAAGUAAUGUCAAGCUAAAGCGACGUCUGAUUGCAAAGCACACGGAAUAUCAAGGCAAAACAAAGUGGUGUUAACAUGAUUCAAAUUGAGGUGUUUCUGUAAAUCACUAUCAAACAAGUCUAAGGUAUUUGGGUUAAAAAAGGUUUGAGAAAUCAAAUAGUUCCAAUAGCAUUUAAGAGAACAAGUGGUAGUAAGCAUUAUGCUUAAUCGGUGUUACGAUUAUGGGGGGGGGUCCUUGGAAAAUUCUCCCCUGUAUGGGGUCCCCAAAAAGUUUGAGAGCCCCUGAUAUAAACUGUCCAUACAUACCGAUCGGAGAAAUUGGUUUAUCCUCAAGAUUGCUUGCGUCAGAGCAGCUUGGAGUCUGAGCUCCAGCUUUCUGAAGGGGGAAAUAAAAAAUAAAUGCCGCAGAAAUAAUUCAAAUCUCAAGCUUGGCAAGGACAUGCUGUUAAUAUAUUUGUCUGAUUCGAUAAGUUUGUUAAAAAAAAUAAAAUAUUUUUGCAGCAAAAGUU